AUGGAUCCCGCUACGCACAUGCAGCUACUCCUGGCGGAGAAAGACGAGGAAAUCGCCAGGUUGACUCAAGAGAACGCCUCGCUGAGACAAGAGGCCGCCCGACAACAACUUGAAGAGACCAUUUCCCCGGCACACAGAGUCGCGGACGCCUCGACGCCACUCCCCGACGGCGCGAAUAUCACGCCGCCGUCACCACCUACCCAUACUUGGGCCCGCGAUUCCGCCUGCAUCAUCGAACAAGAGCCCAGUACACAGUCGCUAGUCGACCUCGUCGGCCGCGACACGCAAAACAAAUAUAAACAACCCAGAAAGACUUUGAAGAAGAAGUGGUCGUCGGUAGCUGCGCGGGUCGACCGCCUACGUAUAAAGCUCUUAAAGCUAUCAGGAGGUCUUACAAACACGUUCAAGUCUACAUCCACCGGUACGGGAUGGGAGCAGCUUUCGGCCACCGUGAGUGGGAAUGGCGAAACAGAAGAGAACUGCCCGUGGGAAAAUGAUACAACCGAUCCUGAAUGGGCCAAGACCACAGGUGACAACCCUUGGGGAGACGACGAAGGCACCCUGUGGGAACCCGACGAACCCGUCGAGGAGCCAAAGUGGCGAAGCUUGAAGCUGCCGCCCACGACCACGUUCUGGCUACGCGACCGGAGUUGGAAGCAGCCCCACACGAUGGAUCCCGAGAGGCUCAAGUACAUCAUCGACCAGCACGCCCUUGUGCCUGCGACGCGACUCGAAGACGACGACUGGGUCCGGUCCGAUCUUCGAAAGGUUUGGGUGGAAGACCUGCGCCUGUACCGCAUGGCCGUCCGCGGCAAAGAGACCGCCCAGAAAGUCGUCUGGGAACACGCAGACAAGCACGACACACGCUUCCGCGACAGAGUCUGGCCCGGAGGAUGGCAACAAGUGAAGCUGGAAUUCGGUCAGCUGACCGCCCAGAUGGGUACCAAUCACGCCAAAUCUUUCUUCACGUGGCACGACAAUGACGCAUACAAAGCGUUCGAGUUACUGCUGCUUCGAGAAGUGGUGCCCCUCAGGCACUUCGUGUGCCACUGGGAUCCGCAUCACGGCAUGGACGUUGCUAAAGAGGUUGAAUCGAUGCUCAAGUCGGUUCAGAAGCUCGCGAUCUGCUUGGGUAACGGGCCGCGUGCAAUGGAUGCUCGGAUUAUUCGAGACGAGCUACGCCAGGCCGUGAAGGACACAGUGACCGAGGUUGAGGAGCUCUUGCCGACGGGGAAAGCGAACGAUUUCAAGCUUCACCACGUGCAAAUGUUCCAGUUUAUCGAGAGGCAAAAGAGAUGCCCAGAGCCCGAGGAACUCGUGUUUCCAGAGGUGAUACUCACUGCUGCGGAGGUUUGGGCAAGACGUCGAGAUGAAGCCUUGACCGGCCCGGGGCAGAAGAAGGAGGAUCAGCCCGACAACAAGGACGCGAAGGCCCGCAGGAGGGGUACUUUCAGCGGCCGAAGAGCCAGUUCCGAUGGUGCUGGUUCUUCCAGGAAGCGACGGGGCUCAUUUACAUAG